GUUGCGACAGGCCAAUGAACGAAUGGUGCAGAGGCAGGACAAAAAGAAGAGAGCCAAUGAUGGAGAGAAGCCCGUGCAUUUCAGCUGAGACAUGAAGAGCUGCAAGGAGUGGCGGAGGGAGCAAAGGAGUGCACAAGUGACGUCUGAAAGUGCGUGAGCGCGCUGAGGAGGAAAACAGGUCGAGGAGUGAACACGGAGGAGGGAGCGAGUGGAAGACAGAGCGAGAGGUGGAGCGCCACUGACAGGAGAGUGCAUCUGUUGACUUGCAUCCUCUAAAAGACUGAGCCACACACAGUGAGAGGCAGCCGCUGUGAAGCCAGUGAAGCCAAUUUAUGAUCCUACAACAACUUUAAGAGCCUGUGUGGGGUGGGGCUCAUUUUGGAAAUCAUGGCCAACAUCACAGCGACUAUACACCCAAGUAGUCUCCCAUGGCACCCCGAGGCGGUCCCUCUCUCCCGUGUCUCCUUGCAGGUCCAGGAGGUCUACCCUUUCCAUGAUGGAUGGAAUGUGGCCUGCUUCAUCAUCCUUCUGCUCUUCAUCCUCACUGUAGUGUCUCUGGCUGCCUUGGCCGUGCUCUACGAGCUACUGGACUGUGGGUGCUGUGCCAAAGGGAAGACACAUCACCAGCUACAGCAGGAGGGGCCGGGAAGCUGCGGCAAGCUCAUGUCCAGCAUUUGCAAAGAGUCAGAAUCCUGCACUGAGGUGGUAUAGGGGCAGCAAGGAGGAAUUUAAGGCAGCUUAGGAAUUUGGGUUUCAGUUCUGAACUGGGCAAUUGCCCAGCGUAGACCCCGAUGCCCUGAGAAAAGAACUUCUAAAAGUACCCAAUAGUGGUUAAACUGCUCACAGCUAAGAAGACGUGGAGGGAAGAGACAAGGUUAGGUGAUGGAGCAAUGUAAAAAAGGAAGAGGAGUUAGUCUAAUUAGCUUUUCCUUUCAGUUAGGAGGGGAUUUUCACAAAUCUACAUUUACUACCACUUAACACACAGGGUGGACCCUGGAAGCCAUAUUUGACAUCAGAAACACUACUAGAAGAAAGACAGAGCACCCAAAUAGUCUACUAAUAAUAGUUCUAGAAAUAGUGCUAAUAUGUGACCAUGUUAACAUAAAAAUACCAGAAAAAACCCUAUAUCAGUUGGUUUCAAAAUAAAGUAUGCCUUUGCCCUUUGAAUACUGCACGUACACAUGAGGCUAUAAAUGCAAAAGCCCUUUUAUAAGCUGUAGUGAAAUGUUGUAUACAGACAGAAAAUGAUGUCCAUAUCUAAAGACGCAUCCUAAGUUUCCAACAGGACCUAAAAAACAAUAAACCUGAAAAACAACCACCAGAUGAUCAAGCUUAGCUGGAGAGCAUUGCUGCUUUAAAUAAAGCCUGUUUUUCUCAGUUCUUUAGUAAAUUGUAUGCCAGUGUUGUCAACAUGUUUAGCAUUUGGUUUGCUGCACAGUGAUGUCAUUUUAUAACGUCAUCUUGAGCACAAUGUAUGAUUUCAUGGGCCUUGACACAAAAUGCCUAAUAAAUUGGCACUGAAUUAUG